AUGGAAAGCGAUUCGCUCGGUGGUAGCAGAUACUUGCUACUGAUCGUAGACGAGGCCAGUGGAUGUAUGAAGAAAUUUUGUUUACGAGUGAAGUCCGAGAGUGAAGACUACAUCUGGAAGUACAUCACCAUGGUACAGACGCAGUUCAGUACGAAGGUCAAUUUCGUGGGAGCCGACGGAGCCUGA